GGAUGAUUUCUUUCGCAAAGAAGAGGUUAAACAACAAUAUAACACCUUUCAUUUGCCGCACUAAUAGCCUCUUCUCAAGCUUCUUCCCUUCUACAAUCCGCGACCGGAAUAAUGCUCUCGACCCUUCUAUACGUGCGAAACCAACUCUAAACUCUUUCAAAUAUUCCGUAACCAAACUGCCAGAAUUCUCUCUCAAACCAAUCCCCUCUUGGCUGAACAUCGGCCCUCGCCUACUUAACAUCAUUCUCACACGUAUGCGAAACAAUUGUAGCGGACUAACAUUUGACCUAUACCUAAACCACGUUUCUGAAAAUCCCACUUGCCUCAUGUGCCCUAUGCAUGUUCCGGAAACCUCUUCACACUUUCUUCUCGACUGUCCUAAGUACGAAAACCAACGCAACUCCCUAAUCGCCAAUACCCUUCAAAUAACACACUUCCAUAAUGCAACUCUAAACUCAAACAGCCUUCUCAACGGCCAUCCAUCUUUCUCCAACCUCGAAAAUGCUCUCCUUAUCAAAUCAACCCUAAAAUUCAUAUCAUCCACAAAUCGUUUUCCAAUCUAACUCAAAGAAAAAUAUCUAUAUAUUUUGUAUAUCUCUUCAAAUUAUCUUUAAAAAACUUAUGUCACUAUUCGUAUCUUUAUAAACUUAUGUAACUAUUUGAAUAUAUUUAUAUUUUGCAGUAGUUUAAGCCUUCGGCUCCUAACUGUAAAAUACAUGUACAAUAUGAACCGAGUGAACUCUUUGUAAAAAAAAAUAAAAAAAUUCGUAUCACCUGUACGACAGAAGGCAUUGAAUGUAUUGGAAGCGUCUUCUUUGAAGUGGAUCCUUCAUAAACCUUUAAACAAGCAAUUAAAAUAUGCGUUGUUAGAUUGCAAAUACAAAGCAAUGGAUUUUUUUGGAUGCCUUUACAUCUGCUGAUUCUUUUGGAUGCCUUUACAUCUGCUGCCGAGAUUGUUAUUGCGUUUAAACCUGGAUACAGCAUAAAAAUGUGGAAAUUCUGAAAUAAAGAGAUCCCAGAAUAUGAGUAGCUGAAGGAUAAACGAUUUUCAGUAAGGCCUCGUUCGAUAGAAUUACUUAAUAAGAAGAGAAAGAAGAUUGGUGACCUGUAGAGGCUGUUGCUUGUGAAAUGGAAGACGCCAGAAAGGAGUUUCUCCUGCGAAUUUAUAUAACUGUUGCCAUUGGGUUCGGAUAUUUGACAUUGGUAUGUAUUUCAAACUAUCAGUAUGGUAUCAGAAAUAGUAAAUAUGGUAUCAGAAAUAGACCAACAUGCACGUUUUACAUCGCAUCGUUUAAGUAUUGAAAGUGACUCGGAAUAUCGGCAAGGAGCAUCAUGCUCUGGACUCAUCAGCAGUAAUAUCGACGAUCACUACAAGUUUGAUCUAAUUUGUCCUUGACAGUUGGCCCGAAGCAGUUGUUAGGAUUAAGUGUCCUGACACUGGGACUAAACUCUUGUGGUAGCAUCCUUGUUGAUGGUCUUAAACUACAUGUACACACAGAAUGUAUGUAUUAAACCGCCUGCGGAACUCCACAUUUCCCUGAAGAAAACCUCGAAGCUUUAAAGCAGAGAGUUUCAAUUACGAAGUUAUCAUAACUCGCCGAUUACUCUUCUGUUGAUUGACUAACAUAGCGGCUACCGUGCACAAAGGCAAAGGUUGUACCACAGAUUCUUUUUCAGGGAAUAUGUCAAGGCAUUCGAGGCCCGGUGGUGCUGGAUCUUGUGAUAGUAACAAACAGUAGUAUAGGGGCGAUGGCUUGGGCCGCAUCAGGGUACGGAUUGGGGGUAUGUGUUGGUUCAAUGACCAGAGGGGCCUUGCAGGAUUUCAACAAGUAUCGUGUGUGUAUUGUCCUGGUCUGGUUUGCCGUGACCAGCCUCGGUAGUGGUUUGAUUCCCUGGUGUACAAACGUGGUGGUGAUGGUCAUGGUGGUUGCAGUCCAGGGAUGUGGGAUUGGAGCAAUUGAAACAGAUGGAAUUGCGCUCAGUAUGGACAUUUGGGGAGAGAAGGGUGCCACCUACGUGUUGUUUAUGUAUCUCCUAUACAACGUUGGCUGUUCAACGGCGCCUCUCUUAGCCAGGUCGUUCUUGGAACACGAAGCAGAGCCAUCCUUUCAUUUAAUUGGCAAUCACACAUCAAUACCGUUUACUGAAGAUGCAGAGGAAAAUCGGACUUCACAGAGAUGCAAUUACACGACGACUUCGAAUUGUUCCCAUGAACUGAACUGGGGCGAUCACGGUUAUGUCACUUUUAGACUAUUUGGCGUGGGUUUUCAUAAAAUUCACACUCUUUAUAUGAUUAUCAUGAUUCUGGUCUGGACAGCUGGAUCAUUCGUUACACUGGCAAACCUUCUGGUUCGUCGGUAUCCACAAUUACAGGCUAUCACAAAAGAAGCCGAUGUUCAAAACAGUGGGAAAAUCGGUGAUAAGUGUGUCCGGAUAAAUAUCAUUGUGUUGAUCGCCAUCUUUAGUUUCUUCAUUGAAGGAAUCGAUUCACUGUAUGAUUUCUUGCUUCUUGCGUUUGCUGUCAGGCAUUACGGCGUCACCAAACCCUAUGCCUGUAUCUUAAAUGCUACAACAUCAGCAUCGUCGAUACUAUCCAGUGUUGUUGGGAUGUACUUGGCGAAUCUUUUCAAACCAUCAGUGACAUUAUACACCGAUCUCAUAGUCUGCACCGUGUCGCUUGCACUAGUUGCAGUUGUGAACAAAUCCCUUCCCGUUCUUUGGGUGGGAGGUCUCGGUAUGGGGUUCGGCGUGGGCUCAUGCUACAGUGCGGUAUUCAACUGGUUCGGUCACUAUCUUGGAGGUUCUGCCAAGAUUACAUCAGUCAUUAUUGUAGCUUCCCAACUUGGAGACAUCUUGCUUCCAAUUGUAAUCGCGCCAUUCUUUGAUAAUGAUCCAAUGGUGCUCAUCUACACAUGUCUUCUUUUAAGCUGUUUUUGUUUUGCCAUCUGUGUGAUUGUUGAAGUUUAUGCAAAGCGCCAACUUGGAUUGCUGGGCCUGUUACAAACUCCACCAAAAUCAUAUUCUGCGCUUAGAACAGAUGAGGAGGCAGAGUCAGAAUGGACAUUACGAGAAUGAGAUGGCCAAAAACUCACUUUCUCUAUAAUGUUAAUGAAUGAUCGAUAAACUGUCGGAGAUAGUCAUAAUCUGUUUGAAGAAUAGUUUUGUAUGACCUAAUGGGAGGCGGCACCUAUUCUGUA